UAUUCAAAGACCCAAGUCCAUUAUUAAUUAGCAAUUCACGUGACUCCACGUGAUCUUCUUCUUCUUCUUCUUCUUACAAUAUAUGAAAGCCCUAAGUCUUCAGAAUUGGCCGCCGCUUAGUUCAGUAUCGACUCGAAGAAGGAAGCAUGGUGGGAUUUAAGAACAGAUACAUGUUGAUGGAGGUAUUUAUGGAUCCAGACAAGGAUCUUCUCGGGGAAGGAACACCGAUUAUUCUUACACAGUUCAAUCUCUCCAAAGCAAUCAAAGACAGCAUCCUCGUCAAUUUCGGCGAGUGUGGUCUAGGUUCGUCUAUGGGAUCCUUCCAGGUGAAAUACGUGAAUCCAAUCACAAAGCUAUGCAUUGUUAGAUCAUCAAGGGAGGAUCACAGACAAGUUUGGUCGGCAAUCACGUUGGUCAAAAGCAUAGGAAACUGUCCGGUGGUCUUGAACUUGCUCGAUAUCAGCGGAUGCAUCAGAGCUUGUAGAGAUACGGCCUUGAAGUGCGACAAGGAGAAGUUUGAUCAGUCUAGUAAAAGCUUGUCUGAAGAGGAGACUCGGCAGAUGAACAGUUGUCUCGACAAG